AUGAACCAGAAGCCCCAGCUCCCGCCCCAUGUACUCAUCUUUCCCCUGCCGUUGCCAGGCCCCGUCAACUCCAUGUUGAAGUUAGCAGAGCUUCUCUGUCUUGCGGGUCUGCACAUCACCUUCGUCGUCACGGAGCACAUCCACGGCCGGCUUUUACGUUACGCCAAUAUCCAAUCUAGAUUCGAAUGUUAUCCGGGGUUUCAACUGAAGACCAUCCCUGACGGUCUGCCGGAAGAUGAUCCGCGUUCUCGAGGUAAAUUCGCGGUGCUGUUUGAUUCUCUCAAGUCCAAAGGCAAGCUAAUCUUCAAGGACAUGCUGACUUCUGGCUGCCUUAGCCAUCAAAAACGCAGGCCCGUCAGCUUUAUCAUAGCUGAUGGAUGCUUGGGUUUCACCUGCGAUGCUGCAAAUGAGGUUGGUAUCCCAAUUGUUUAUGUCCGAACAGUCAGUCCGUGUUGUCUCUGGGUCUUCUUUUGCCUUCCCAGGCUUAUUGAAGCCGGAGAGAUACCCUUUAACGGGGAUGACUUGGACACACUCAUAAAAGGUGUACCGGGGAUGGAGAGCUUUCUCCGGCGACGUGACCUGCCGAGUUUUUGCCGUUCUGGUGACCCAGACGACGAAAGCAUGCGACUCUAUAAAACAGAAGGCCAAGAAAAUUCCCGAGCCUAUGGCCUCAUAGUCAACACGUUCGAGGAUUUAGACGGACCCAUACUAUCCCACAUGCGUACCGUCUGUCCCAACAUCUACACCAUUGGACCGCUCCACGCCCACCAUAAAAACAAGCUGGCCGAGCAAGCGGCGUCGCUGCCGCCCACUUCCAAUAGCGUAUGGUCUGUAGACAGGAGCUGCAUGACGUGGCUAGACUCUCAGCCGUCAAAGUCUGUGAUCUACGUCAGUUUUGGAAGUAUUGCAACAUUGACCAAGGGCCAGCUCAUGGAGUUCUGGCACGGCCUGGUCAACAGUGGCGUCAGAUUCUUGUGGGUAAUAAGGCCGGAUUCUGUCACAGGGGAGGAUUGGGAGAGUCAGGUUCCGGCGGAGGUACGGGAGGAUACGAGGCGAAGGGGGUGCAUUGUGGGCUGGGCCCCACAGGAAGAGGUCCUAGCCCAUUUUGCUGUUGGUGGGUUUUUGACCCACAAUGGGUGGAACUCGACUGUGGAGAGCAUACAUGCAGGUGUGCCCAUGAUUUGUUGGCCUUACUUUCUGGACCAGCAAGUGAACAGUAGGUUUGUGAGUGAGGUUUGGAAGGUGGGAUUGGACAUGAAAGAUACCUGUGACAGGGCUACAAUUGAAAAAAUGGUGAGGGAAUUAAUGGUGGUGAGGAAUGAGGAAUUCUCUGGAAGGGCAGAGGAAAUGGCCCAAUUGGCUAGGACAUGCUUGAACGAAGGAGGGUCGUCUUAUUGCAACUUGGAGCGUCUGGUAAGGGACAUCGAGUCUAUGACUCAAGACCGAACAACUUGAUUUGUUCUUACCAGGAAAUAAAAUACAGAGGACAAAGCUGCUUUUCCCAAGACUUGUUAUCUUUUUUCUCAACUUUUUAGCAGGAAAUAAAAUACAGGGACAUUGAGUCUUGUAUAUGUUGCUUUGAGUCCUUAUGGUCGUAAUCUUACCUUAUCAAUAAUGUACUUUUGUGCUUUGGAUUUGAAUGGCUCC